ACUCAAAUUGAAUAUUGAAAUUGUUAAUAUAGUCAAACCUAUUUUCUACUCACAAUUGAAAACACAAUCACCACGCAUUUUAUAAUACAUCAAAUUCAUCAAUACAUGUAAUCGUUACUAUCUAGGGGUGUACAUGGGUCGGGUGGUCUGGGUUUAGACAUUUUAAUCACCCGACCCAUGCACUACGGUUUGGGAAAUAUUAAACCCAAACCCAAUCAAAAAAAUCUAAACCCUACGGUUUGUUUCUAAUUGGGUUGGGUCGGGUUGGCGAUAUAUUUAAAUAAAAACCCAACCCAACACAAAAAUAUGUAAUUAUUCUACUUCAUAAAAAUAUUUUAUAACUAAUUAAAAAUUCAAACGAAUAAACCAAGGUGAAAGGUAUCAAAAUUCACAAAUGUUGUUUGAAUUUUCAUAAAAUUUGAUUUACUUCAACUUAUGUCUAGUUUUUUUCAUGACAUUUGUUGAAAUAGGCUAAAAAGGUUACAAAUGAACGCAUCCAAAAUAUGUUAUUCUAUUAAAAUUGUACACAAGAAAAAAAAUUACGUGAAUCAUAGCUAUAUUAAAUUUAUGUCUAAACUUUAAGCCGAAGAAUGCAUUAGAUUAGGGAGACCUUAAGAGAAAAAAAACAUGGCAAAAUAUCUUAAUUUUCACAUAAGUAUGACUAUAUACUACAUAAAUAUUUUUUUGGUUACGAACUCAUACCAAUAAUUGGAACACGGGUUGGGUCGGGUUCUACGGGUUGUGUAAUAAAAAAUCCAAACCCAAUCCAAAAGAGGUGGGUUGUGCAAAAGAAAAUCCUCACCCAACCCAAAAUCUUCGUUUUAGCGAUAAAUACGGGUGGGUUGGGUCGGGUUGGACGGGUGGGUCGGGUUGCGGGUGUGUUUGUUCACCCCUAUUACUAUCCAUCUAUUUAACAAUAUGCCAAACUAAACUAGUCAUAAGUAUUUCUACUCGGUGUCCCGUGUCUAGUCUGCCUGUCCUUUUGCAAAAUUCUAUUCUCAAAGAGUUUGCAUUUAAACAAAUUAUAAGCUUUCCUGCGCCACAGCGUUCUUUCCUUUCAGAGACAAACUACAUGCAUAUUAGUUCGUUGGCAAACCACUCUGAAUAACCAUUUUUGGCUUCCCCUGUUUUUCCUGACUCUACCUGUUUGUCUCUAUCUUCCAGGUCGAGUUUUGGUUCGCCCAUGUCGUCUGCCAAUUCAGCCCUCCUCUGUAGUUAGAUAAACCAUGAGACAAUUGUAAGGCUAGCAAGAGAGGAAAAGAACACAAGGUCGGGAAAGAAUGUUGGAAUACAUCUCCUUCACCUUCAUCUUCAUCUCCACCUCCAUCCUCUUCUUCUUCCUCCUCAAAUCACGUCCGGCAACCAAAAACCCAUGUCCAGGAUCCUACCCUGUAAUCGGAAACAUCAUCAGCUUCCUCCGGAACUUCCACCGGUUCCACGACUGGGUCACGGAGAUGCUCCACCGCACGCCGUCGGCGUCGGUUCAAGUCAACUCCUUAUUCAACAUCUCCACCGGCGUCUGCACUUCGAAUCCAGACAACAUCCAGCACAUGCUGACUUCCCCAAACGUCUCCAACUACAUCAAGGGCUCCCGCUUCCACACCGUCCUCCACGAUCUCCUCGGCGACGGCAUCUUCAACGCCGACGGCCAGAUCUGGGCCGUCCAGCGCAAAAUCGCCAGCCACGAGUUCUCCACCAGGUCGCUAAAACUGUUUGUGUCGGAAGUGGUGGACUCGGAGAUCUCCGAAAACUUGCUUCCCUUUCUGUCCGAAGCAGAGGAGGAAAACAGGGGUUUCGAUCUUCAGCAGGUUUUGAAUAAAUUCGCUUUCAGAAGCAUUUGCCGAGUUGGAUUCGGCGUCGAUCCCGAGUCGUUCGUCAGGAAUCUCGAUUUCAUGAACGCGUUCGACUACGCGGUGGAAACUUGCUUCUCGAGGUUCACCUCCCCUGUUCCUCUGUUUUGGAAGCUCAAGAGGUUUCUCAAUCUCGGGUCGGAGAGGCGGUUCAAAGAGUCGGUCAACACGAUCAACGAUUUCGCUCGUCGAGUCAUUGAAUCAAAAGAAAUCGAAAGCCAGAACCAUCAAGAUCUGCUGGCGAGAUUCAUGGUUUGGAGCUCGUCAAUGGAGUUCGAAGGCGAAAAACAGAGGCACAAAUUUCUCAGAGACAUAGUCAUCAGUUUCGUCCUCGCAGGGAAGGACACCACUUCCACAGCCCUCACUUGGUUCUUCUGGCUCGUCGCCGGGAACCCACGUGUCGCAGACCUGAUCUGCCGCGAACUAUCAACUGCCCUCGCGUCGCCGGAGCUCGGAAAGAGGACCAAAUUCGGGUACGAAGAAUUGAAGGGGCUGAAUUACCUGCACGCGGCUCUAUCGGAAUCGAUGCGGCUGUUCCCUCCGGUGGCUCAAAAUACGAGGCUAGUGGUAAACGACGACGUGUGGCCGGACGGGACUCAGGUGAGGAAAGGGUGGUUUGCCGAUUACUCUGCCUACGCGGUUGGUCGGUCGGAGAAAGUGUGGGGGCCGGAUUGCCGGGAAUUCAAGCCGGAGAGGUGGCUGGAUUGCGACGGACGGUACGAGCCCGUGGAUCAGUUCAGGUACCCUGUUUUCCACUGCGGGCCGAGGAUGUGUUUGGGGAAGGAGAUGGCUUUUGUGCAGAUGAAGGCGAUUGCGGCGGCGGUGAUGGCGGAGUUUGAAGUUGUGGCCACCGAUGGAGGUGCGAAUAGCCCGGAGAGGAUGAUGGAUCCGCCUUACAGCUUAUCGCUGCUUCUCAAGAUGAGAGGUGGGUUGCCGGUGACUGUCAAGAGAAGAAUGGAUAAGUAAUAAAAGGAAAAAGACGUUUUGAAUAAAGUAGUCGUUAGUUA